CUCAGCAGAGCGCUUUAAAUUCAGAUUCAGAGAAAGAAAAGAGUCUUUCUUCAGGGUGCAGAUCCAACACCACACCAACACUCUCAGCCUAAAUAUGACCGUGUCGUACUCGCUGGAAGUAGCCAACGCCAGGUUUCAUGGCUUCUCCAGGCUGCUGUUCAGGUGGAAGGGAAGCAUCUACAAGCUGAUGUAUAAGGAGUUCCUGGUUUUCUGUGCCGUCUACCUGUUUUUCAGUGUGUUUUACAGGCUCCUCCUCACGCCGAGGCAGCAGGAGCUGUUUGAGCGCGUCGCCCUUUACUGUGAUCAGUUCACCAACACGAGCUUCAUCCCCGUUCUGUUUGUCCUGGGUUUCUACGUGAACCAGGCCUUCACCCGUUGGUGGGGUCAGUACACCAGCUUCCCGCUGCCGGACAACCUGAUGAUGGCGGUGUCGGGCAACGUGCACGGCGUCGACGACCGGGGUCGCCUGCUGCGCCGGACCCUCAUGAGGUACGCCAACCUGUCGUCGGUCCUCAUCCUCCGCUCCAUCAGCACCAGAGUCCGCAAACGCUUCCCAACGUUGGAGCACGUCGUGGAGGCAGGAUUCAUGACGACACACGAGCUGAAGAAUUUUGAGUCUCUUCACUCUGAUUUCAACAAGUACUGGAUGCCGCUGACGUGGUUCUCCAACCUGGCGGCCCAGGCCCGGCAGGAGGGCCGGGUCAGGGACGACAUCGCUCUCCGGCUGCUGAUGGACGAGCUGAAUAAUUACCGAGCCAAAUGCAGUUUGUUGUUCCACUACGACUGGAUCAGCAUCCCUCUGGUCUACACUCAGGUGGUAACCAUCGCGGUUUACUCGUUUUUCGCCUUCUGCGUCAUUGGCCGACAAUUUCUGAAUCCGGAGAAGGGAUACAGCGGCCACAGAUUUGACAUGUACGUCCCGGUUUUCACCCUGCUGCAGUUCUUCUUCUACACCGGCUGGCUGAAGGUAGGCGAGCUCAUCAUCAACCCUUUUGGUGAAGACGACGAUGACUUUGAAACCAACCAGCUGAUCGACCGAAACAUUCAGGUUUCAAUGCUGGCGGUGGACGACAUGUACCAGAACCUGGCUCCGGUUGUGAAGGACAAGCACUGGAAGAACAGCAUCUUCUCAGUGCCUUACACCCAGUCGACGGCGGCGGAGACGUUCAGACCAGCGUUCAAAGGCUCCACUUUCGACAUGAGGAUGAGCGCUGAAGAUCUUGAGAUUGAUCAACCGACUGAUGUGCCGGUGAACAAGCAGUAUUUGGUUCCAUGCAGAUCUCUGGGUGACGGCUUGGAGAAAACCAAAGGCCUCUUACGCAGCGGGAGUCUUCCAUACCUGAUGGACGUUUUGACUCAUCACAACGAGGAAGACGAGGCUAUUUAAACCAAGACAAACAAUAGCAAGGAGCACAAGAAGGCAGUGAUUUAAUCGGUGAUGACCAUUAAGCUGCUGACGUUUAAGCUGUCUUUACAUGUAAGACUAAAGAAAUCUAAUCAAAUAAAACAUAAUAUACACAAAACAUAAAAGCUAACAAAUAUAAAUUAGAGAUUUGAUAAGAUACUGUGUUGACUUAUGAGGUUUUUAUUUGAUGUGUUUUAUGUUAAGCACAUAAACGCCCAGUCAGCUGUCAGCUUAGUUUCACACCUUGAUCCUAGACUAGAGCUUGUUCAGUAUGUAUGUAUUAUUAUAUUAUGUAAGUUAACAAUUACAUUAUUGUUAACUUUGUUAUAAAUUAUAAGUUAACAAGUAAUAGUGUGUGAUGACUCACACCAGUUAUUCCUGUUGUGAGUGAAUGAAUAAAAUAAGUAUCAGUGACAUCCUGUGCUUAUCACGCCACCAUUUAGGACAAAAAAGUCAACUUUAUGUCUCCAUCUUAGAGGUUUUAUCUGGUGUUUUGUAUUUAUUAAAAUAAAUUUUGGUAAGUAAGGCUGCCUUUCAGCACUGAUGUAAUCAGUUUGAUGUAAUCAGAUGAGUUUUCUUAGAUAGAAAACUUUAAACUAAUUUAAAUAAUGAAAAGAGCAUUGUUUGAUAAUUAGCAUCAAUCAACCUGAAGAGACGUUUGUAAAAACAUUUGUUUUGAAUUGCUGCUGAAUAAAAUGAACUGAAUUAAAUUGAACUUUUAUUGAAAUAAAAACAUGAACAUCUUGUGUUUGAAAACAUGAAGUACAGAGAAAUAUGUGCAAACAUAGCAUAAACAUAAAAGUUGUUUGCAUAACAUUAACCCAGAGGCACAGAGAAGUGGGGGGAGCUUGAGCAGUCCUUGC